AUGUAUCAGCCACCGACUUACGGGCGUCCCAUUCCCAAACAUAAGAUCGCAAGAUGCCAGCUUCGCUUUGGAGAGAAGUCUUGGUCUGGUCAAACAUUUGACAAUAUAUAUGUCGGCAUAUCUGGGGUGUUCCGGUGUUUAGGUCCCAAAGUUGCGAUCGCCAUCAGCAAGUCCAACUAUCUGGUUGAUUAUUUGGAGCUUGAAUUCACACACGAAGAGCCCCAAGUGCCUUCCGCUGUCAUCUGUGACUCUCUAAUCGCCGAGCUGGAAAAUUACAGCAGGACAUAUCUAGAGAAGAUCGUCGGCGUGGCAUUGCCAAAUGAAAUUGAUGAGAUACUCCCGGAUCUGUGUUCGCGGCUUUGGAUGGAGCUUGAUUGUAUUCCUCUGGUUUUAGGCCAGCAAGAAAGACGACGCCAGCCGGCAGACUAUAGCAUCCUUUCAACCUAUCGCGGAUGGAAUGAAAAACAUCUUGACGAGCAAGCAGACUCGAUGGUGAGAAAAUGCAUUAGAUCAUUUGGUGUGGGGAACAUACCACACUUGGAUAUUGGCGACCACGGAAUAGUGAAUAUUGAUACUGCUUUUCACGUGCACCUUUCACAGGCGAAGGAUUUCCAGCAUAGUGUCACACCACGAACAUGGUCGCUGGUGCGGCACUAUGCUACAGAUCUCACAAAGCGGGGUGUUCGAAUUGCUAUUUUUAGUGCGACAGCCCAAGGAAAUGCCGCUGCAAAUGCUACGAUAUUGCUUCUCCGAUUGUCACAUUGCCUUGACAUUGAUAUGCGGUGGUUUGACGGGCUGAACAAAAAUAUGAAAGAUUGGGACCUGGCUGUCUACGGUCGUCAGUUCCACGCUUUAUGUAGGAAUUCUGGCAUAACGGCCAUCGAUUAUCCAAACGAUAAAUACAUUAUUGUUGAAAUGGCAAAUACUCCAUCAUUCCAGCAUGCUUUGACAGUUCUUCAGGCUUACAAUGAGUAUUACGACCUCCUAAAAGUCUCCGCAUCGCCACCAUUCCUACGCAAGCUACUUCUUUGUGUCCGCCAAACACAUGGCAAUACUGAUGGAGAUUUCUACGCUUCCGUCGCAUCUCACAUUGCCUCGAACAUGAAAGAUCUUGAAAAGUUCAUCGCUGUCACGCCGAUCAAGCUUCCAGAUCAAAUUUGGAAUACUCUUCUUUCCAAGGCGGAGCUUGUUAUCUUGUUCUCUGACUCCAAGGACUGCGAAGGCAGGUUCCUAGAGGCGGUCCAAAAAAAAAACAAAACGAUCAUAAGAACCGAAGGUUUAGGUCCAUAUGCCUCUCUCGUGGAAAUAAACGAAAAUGUUUUUACGGUCGGGAUUGCGGACUUCCACGCUAUGGGCCAGUGUCUAUUUCAAAACCUGACAUUGCAGGGGCACAGACACCCAUAUAAUCCCCGGCCGAACAAUAUCUGCGACGAAAUUACCACUACUGGAAAUGCUGUGAACUGGCUUUUCCUUGCUUCGGCACUAUCUAACGGAGACCGUAUUGAGCCGAACGGUGAAUACAUAUACCGCUUGGCACAAGGUCGAAUGGAGGAAAGCUGA